AUGAAUCUUAAUCUGCAUUUCUUAAAAGAACGUCCAGCGUGCUUAUUGCAAUUAGAUUGUGUACCUAACUGGGCUGAUCUGUCCAAGGCUGAGAUUGAAGAUAUCAAGGAGGUCUUUGAUCUUUUCGACUUCUGGGACGGUCGUGAUGGAAUGAUCGAUGCCGUCAAGGUGCCCGAUCUUCUCCGCUGUGCUGGAAUGAAUCCCACCAUCAAGGUUUCACUAAAGCAUGGUGCCACCAAGAAAGCUGGUGAAAAGCAGUACAAAUUUGACGAGUUCUUACCCGUAUACCAGGCUAUCAUUAAGGAGAAAGAGGGUGGCACUUUCGCAGACUAUAUGGAGGCCUUCAAAACCUUUGAUCGUGAAGGCCAGGGAGUUGUGAGCGCCGCUGAGCUGGGACAUGUUCUCUCGGGUUAUGGAGAGCGACUCUCCGACGAAGAGAUUGAUGAGAUUAUCAAACUCACCAAACUCCACGUUGAUCUGGAUGGCAACGUCAAAUACGAAGAAUUCAUCAAAGGGGUCCUUGAAGGUCAGCCCAAGUAG